CUCGGACGCUCUUAUUUAAAGAUACCUUUACGAAUAGAUGUCCUGUAGGUUACUGCAUAUAAAUUAGAUCGCUUUGUUGUCAUGGUUACCAUUUGUAAACACUGUAUAAACACUGUAUAGUGAUUAUAGUUUGAAAAUUUGUAUACCAAAUGGAUUGGGCUAACGAUCUCGAGAUUACUUCUAAGAAGUUAGUACCACGCCUAGGUAGGCGUGCAGGUCAAAACAAUUUACAGGAUGAAAAUAAAUCUGAUGAUGAUGUUCUGGAGAGUCCAAUUUCUUUGUCAUCUGGAAAGUCUGUCCCUACACAAAGACCAAUAGCACCACCUCGUUCUAGGAAAACUGGCUGGGGUGAUGAAUUGAAAAGUGCCAAGUCAAAGACAGCAUCAAAUAUUAUUGAACAACUGUUUCUUAGGGAACGUUUUCGAGCAUUAGAGAAGGAGGAGUUAGAAGAUGGUAAGUCUGGAAUUAAUGACAUUAAAGAUAUUCCUGUAAUACCAGAUUUGGAUGAAAUUCAGGAAGAUAAUAUUUCACCUGAAAUUGCAAGUGCUCCUACAAUUAACGCAAAUCGUGUAACUGCGUACGAAGAAUUGGAUACAGAUCUAGUAAAAAACGCGGCAUUUACAUCACUGGACGGUGUCAGCCUUUCACUACUUGCAGAUAAACUUUAUAAUGAAAACUUAGUAAAGGAACCAGAUGAAGUUUGGAAUUGGAAUCUUCUUUUUACGCAAAUUUCUUCUGAAAUUAAUAGCGAAACACAAAAAAAAAUCGAGUCUUAAGAUCACAUAUAAAAUUAUAAAGUACGUCGUUAGUAUAAAGUGUGUUUUAUAUUCUUGAGGAAAAACUAAGCAUCACAUACCUAACAAAAGUUAUCUUUACUAUAUCAUUUAACUGUUUUGUCUCAAUCUUAAUUCUUGAACUGAAUCCAGAUGAUAAAAAUAUCAAUAUCAAGUAUAUGAAAUGAAAAAGUGAAAUAUAUAAUCUUUUUUUCUUAUAAUUUCUUUUACUAACUUAUAUAUAUAUAUUAUUUAAUACUUAUAUAUAAUUUAUUUAAUAUACAAUAUGUGGGACAUGGAAAGAAAUGUAAGUCUAAUCUAAAAUGUUACAUAAAAUUGUAAAAGCUUAAAUAUGCUACUAAAACGAUGUAUAUUUUUAUAUAUUAAAAUGAAAAAUAAAAUUUAGUAUUCUAUGAAAAA